UCGGAAAAUGCAGUUCACUUACCAGCAGACCGGCUGAGCGCUUCACACUUUACUUAAUAAAAUUUGUAUUUAUUUACAAUUUUUUUUUUUUUGUGUUUGCGCCAUAUAAUUAAUAAUAUUUGGUGUUAUUGUGUUAUGUAGUGGCUUGACGGGCACUACACUCUACAGCUCGCGCCACCGCCCGCCGUAUGUAUUUUGGACUUGAAUUUGCAGAUCACAGUCGCUGUGCCUAUCGGCUGAGUGUGUCACACACAUACACACUUCGCGGUGCCGACACUGGUAUGUGUGAAGUUGAAUUUAGUGACGUUACGUGCGAUGAGCAGUGUUGAUUUACGCCGUAACAGUGUAACGCGGCUGCAACUGUCAAAGGAAUACGGUUCAGUGACAAUUGACACUUUGUUUUUUAUUUAUUUACGCAUACAAGUUUUCGCAUGUAUGACAAUUUUCCGCUGCUCUCUUGUGUAGCGUAAAUAGGUCUCCGCAAAGUCUAAAAAAUGCAAAAUUAAAAAUAAAAGUAUUCACUUAUAUAUGUAUAAAGUGUGUCGCUGAGCGCUACGUUUGAGUGUCCGGUGUAUUAAAUGCGACCCCUCACAGCGGUCGUGUGCUCGCUCGUGUGAAUCGUGUGAUAUUUAGCAAAAAUAAUAAAAAAAAUAUAUAUAGUAUAAUUAAAAUUAAUAAAAUUUGCACGAUCCUCCAGCCAGCAGGAGGACUGAUACUGUUACCACAGCACAUAUUGCCCUAAGAACUAUGCAUUGAACCAACGUGGCGCGAUUUAAUGCUCGACCUCUUGUGUAAAAUUAAUUAUAAAUAUUAUUAAUGUUUGAUAAGUAUUUCGCGAGCACCAGAUGUAUGGGCAUUGCUGUUCGCUUUUCGGAUACGCCGGCAACUUUGAUGUUCACGCGAUGCCAUUAACAGUGGUGCGGAGGUGUCAACGCUGUGAGGUAGAGCAGCGGUAACUAUUGUAAAUACCAUGUGAUUGUGCAGUGAACGAAAUAACACAAGAGAACGCUUAUAUUUCACCCUUUCGCUUGGAAAGAAUUGAAUUACAUGUCUGUGUGAAUAAAUUCCGUGCACCACAUACUUACAUACACGUAUAUAUGUAUGUAUGCGCGCGUGAAAUUUGAAUGGGCAUUCGUAGUUUGCGUACCUAGAUGCAUUUGAGCAUAUACAAUGCAAUACAAUGUAAUGCAUAUAUGUAUAUAGUAUAUAGUAUAGUAUAUUGUACUUAUUCAAUGUUGUGUUCGGUCGGCACUUUUCGUUCCAGUGCUGUUAGUGUUUAACUAAAUCGUAUAAAGUGGGCAGUAAAUCCACAUUUGAUUUUGAUUUCAAUCAAAGAGAAAAUUGCGAAAUUAAAAUACAACAACAACAAUUAGCGCGUUGUGAACGUUUUGCUUAUAUUUUGCUGUUUUAUAGGCGAAUACAAGAUACAUUGACAACAGAAUGAGACGUAAAAAAGUGGAAUUUCGCAUUAAACCAUCGGCAAGCCGAGGAGUGAAUAACUAUCAUCCACUCGAUGAGGAGUUACUUUCACCGCCCGUCGACGAUCUAGCUUCACGUUUCGAAGAGUACGGCACAACACCGCCGCGUACAAGAAUGAAAAUUAAAAGCCGUGAUUGGGAGCGCAAAAAAGCGCAUGCCGUCGCCUCUGUUGGAGCAUCAAUUGAUUCGACGCCGAGCACACCCAAAAAGGGCAUGACCCGUAUGGCGCGUUCCCGCGUGCUGCGGCGCAACACUAUGGAUUGUGCAUUGCUGAAUGAAAUGUUUGUUAAUGAUGAGAGCAAACGUACCAGCAAGCGUGCGCAGGAUUUGCUGCGUGAUGCCGAACGGGAACUUAAAAAUUCUAUGAUAUCCGCUACUUCCACCAGCUACUCCUCACGUGGUUCCAGCUUACUCGACAGCACGCACCAACUGGAAUCAUUAGAUAAGUGUACGCCCUUGAAUACGGAAGUGAGCGUGCGUGGCUCUUCGAAGGUGGUCGAAUCCUGCAAUAGAUACAUGUGUGUCUCCUCACGGCCGAUAGGUUUUCGUGCGUCGGCUCCAGCAUCCGCAUUUGUCCAACAGUUGCGUUGUGAACGUACACCUGGCUUGAAUAUACGUAAAGAAUUUCAUGAGACUUUUGCCAAUCUCAUUAAGUUGGGCAGUGUCGACCGUCAAGAUGCCAAGCUUUCCCACGAAGACCAGACCUGGCAAGCUGAACUGAAAGAUCUCAUUUGGCUAGAGUUGCAGGCGUGGCAGGCCGAUCGCACCAUGGAGCAGCAAGACAAAUAUUUAUUCAACGCCCGACAAGCUGUGCCGGAAUUGCUUUCACAAAUCAUAAACUACAAAUUUCAGCCGCGCUAUCAACGCGCCUCGAGUGAAGUGAGCGUGGACAGCGGUUUCAGCACGGAUAGCAAUGCAAGUUCACCUACAGCACACCAAACUGGCAAACUAUGCACUGGUUGCAUGUCUUUAUAUUGUAAGGAUUGUAUGGAUCAGCGGGAUAACGCCAUGAAAGAAGUGGAGGACCUCUUGACACGCUUAGAAGCCGCUGAGGCGCUCUAUCCCUCCUCACAAGUCAUGGGUGCAUUUCAUCCCAUUUAUAAAAAUGAAAACUUUGUGGGCCGAAUAAAAGCCAUGUGCUUGUGGUAUAAUGUAACGCGUCAGAAUCGUUUAAAACUGUGCAUCUUCGGAAAAAUAUUGGCAAGGUUACAUGGCGAGAAAUUCUCUUGGCCGGUGGAAACAUGGUAUGGCAGCGAUAGCGGUGCUUCUUCUGGUGUGGAGAACGAUGAUUCAGGUGUGAAUUCGGUUGAUUCCAACAAGACAAGUUCUAGUCAAGCAACACCGCAACGUAAGCUCUCGUCUAUUUUUUCGGCGCCUAAGGUGCAGUUCAUGCUGAACGAUGUGACGCAAGUGCCUGGUGAAACUUCCAGUAGCAAUGACUCUACCUCAACUGAAGUUAGCCAUAUGUCAUCGGAGAUAAGUGGACCGCUUUUGCGUAAAACUUCAAUGCAAGACAUCAAUAUAUUUAGCGUUGAACCUUUAGCCAAUUGCAAUGAUGCUAAUUCCUCGGCGCUAUAUAGAAAGUUUAUUGAAAACAUCUUAAAGUCUCGUGGCCUCGCAAAGGCAUUGUCGUUUUUAAAUAAAUUGCACAAUGUUGUGCUGUUCAAAGCGCAUAUUUCGCUGGAGAAGCCCGGCACCGAAGAUUAUGACUUCGAGACUGAGCGCAUCGAUGAAGAUGUGCCGCGUUUGGAACCGGAAAUAAGUCGCGAACAAGUGGAUGAAUUGCGACGCUUUGGCUAUUGGAGUGACGAGGCAAAAUCCAUUAACUUGCCUUCAUACAUUCCCUCCUUUGUAUUUCUAAGCGGCAUACCGUUACAAUUUAUGCACGAGUUUCUGAGAAUGCGUCUCGAGACACGCCCACCGAAACCGAAUCCACUUAGCUUAGAGCAACUCAUGAAGGAAUUACGCGAAGGUUUGACACUGGCAUUGACACAUCGGGAACGCUACCAGCGACACAUAACGACAGCUUUGGUUGAGAACGAAGAAGAAUUGGAACGGUAUAUGGGAAUAUUAAAUCAUUUCGACAAAACUGUACGAAAAGUGUUUGAGUUGUACUUAGAUUAUAUCGACCAGUUGGUGUUGUCUGGCGCGGAGUGUAACACGAAGUCUGCUUUGGAAAAGGAAUGGAUGUUCACCAAACUGAUCAGUCCCAUGAUAAAUGGCAUGCACACAAUUGCAGCUAAAAAGUUUUGCACCAUAACACGCAACUUACUGCGUAGCAUAUCCGAGCGUUUGGUGAGUCGGGCGGCGGAACUAGACAUACAAAUCGACGACACGGCACAGCAUGGCGAAAUCGAUUUGAAGUGGCAGCUUUUAACAAUUUGUCGCGAGAUGCAAUCUCUCUUCACUGUGGAACGUGAGUCCUCGGUGAAGGUGCUGUUCUUUGCGAAAAUGUUUUGUCGCGAUGUCGAGACCACCGACUUUCAUCGUGAACACUACGAAGCCGAUGUGAUUAAUCAACAGCAGGACUUUGUUUGUGCGGAAAUAAAGAAAUCCUUCAAACUAUUGCAAAAGGAUGUGCUUGAUGUGCGCAAUAAAUUGUCGAAAAUAAUCGAGCGUGUCAUGGAGCGUUGUGGACCCGAACACAUGUCCGAAUUAGAUGAUCAGGAUAGGCAAGCGGUACUUUCGCGAACGCGUGAAAUUUUACAUCAGGGCUAUAAAUUCGGUUUUGAGUACAAUAAAGAUGUGAUUCGGUUGUUCGAACAGCGUAUAAUGGCAAACAAAGACGAAUCGUGUGAGGUCGACUUAGCGCUGGGUAUUAUUGAUUUUGCCAAAAUGUGGAUGCAUUUCGUGAUGGAACGUUGCGAACGUGGGCGUGGUAUGCGUCCACGUUGGGCAUCACAGGGUUUAGAGUUUCUUAUACUUGCCUGUGAUCCGCAAAUAACCCGUCAUCUAGACGAACGACAGUUUGAGGAUCUAAAGAAGCAGAUGGAUCGUUGUAUAUCACAUGUGAUUGGUAUUACUUCGGAACCGGAAAAGAUCGCGCGUAAAAAGGCAUCGCCACGCACGCGAAAAACAUCCUCACCGGCCACAAGUCGGUCGCGGACUCCGACACGUACGCCAAUAUCCGUAGGCGGCGGCACAAAUCCGAAUUCUCCAAUGAGUUCGCCGCAGUACAAUAAAUUCUUACAUCCGCAAUUCAGCUUGAAAGAGGAAGUGUUGCGCAAUGCCGCGGACGGUACACCAGAAUACAGCGUCAACGAGGCUCCCGACGUGCCGGAUACUAGUGGUAGCGGAACGGAAAGACUUGGUGAAUUACGCUUAAUUGUGCCACAAUCUUCACCUUUAACAAAAUCGUCACAUGAAGGCAGUAGCUCAUCGCUGGCGCCACGUCAGAUGCGUGUGCGAGACGCUGUGAACCGUUUGGAUAUGGAAAUUGAAGAUAAUCUGCGUGAACGCAAUUUAAUUGGUCAUGUCAAAGCACUGAAUACAUGCGACAAGGUUCAGAUACGUGCACGUAGCGUUAAUUUCCAUUGGCAUCGUGGCAUUAAAAUUGGCCAAGGCCGUUUUGGUAAAGUUUACACAGCUGUUAACAAUAAUACCGGUGAACUAAUGGCCAUGAAAGAGAUUGCCAUACAGCCCGGAGAAACGCGUGCGCUCAAAAACGUCGCCGAGGAGUUAAAAAUCCUGGAGGGUAUCAAACAUAAGAAUUUGGUGCGCUACUAUGGCAUCGAGGUGCAUCGGGAAGAACUUUUAAUUUUCAUGGAACUCUGUUCCGAGGGAACUUUAGAAGCAUUGGUGGAGCUAUCAGGCGGCUUGCCAGAAGGCCUGGUUCGUCGCUUUACGGUGCAACUGCUUUCGGGUGUUGCCGAGCUACAUAGACACGGCAUCGUGCAUCGUGAUAUAAAGACUGCGAAUAUAUUUUUGGUGGACGGCAGUAACAGUCUAAAACUGGGCGAUUUUGGCUCAGCAGUUAAAAUCCAGGCACAUACGACUGUACCGGGCGAACUUCAAGGCUAUGUGGGCACACAAGCUUAUAUGGCUCCAGAGAUAUUCACAAAAACGAAUAGUGACGGACACGGUCGUGCAGCGGACAUUUGGUCGGUGGGUUGUGUGGUGGUUGAAAUGGCAUCGGGACAACGUCCUUGGGCACAAUUUGACUCGAAUUUCCAAAUUAUGUUCAAAGUGGGUAUGGGUGAAAAACCGGAAGCGCCUGAGAGUCUCUCACAAGAGGGACAUGAUUUCGUAGACAAAUGUUUGCAACAUGAUCCCAAAGAUCGUAUGACCGCUAUAGAAUUACUGGAACAAAACUUUUGCAAGUAUGGUCAUGGUGAUGAAUUGAAUAACGACCAAACGCAAGAGGCGCUGGGACGUUCAUUCCGGCGCAAUGUUAAAUUGAGAUAGCGCGUGUUGUGAUUGUCAUCGCUAAAUAAUAUGUUAAGAAAGGAGUACGUAUUGAAUUGUAUAGCACAGUAGACAUGCCUCUGUUUUAACAAUGUUUGUUAUAUAUAGCAUAAACGAAAUGAGUGUAUACCAAUUAUUAAAUCUAUGAACAGAAUAUAUCGAUACAAUUGCAUAUGUAGUAUAUGUUAUAUAUGUGUCUUUAUAUACAUAAUAUUUAUUUUAAAUUUUAGCUAAUAGAAUUUGAACAACGUUCUGAAAAGCGCUUAGAGUCAUAGGCAUUAAAUUAAAUGAUAGUAAGUGUGUAUAUUUCGAUAUAUGUAUGUAUGUAUAUGUGACAAA